GCAGAUAACGUUUCAAUGACUGAGGCGAUUAUGACUAAAAUGAAUUAUGUAUUUGAAUUAAUCACCCUUGUAAUUUUUUGCCUUGUUGUUUACAUCUGUGCCUUUCUAAAUCGAGAAAAAUAUGUCAAACUAUUGAAUAUGAUAAUCAGUACGUGGUGCGACAUACCGAUUAAUAGCAGCAGUCAAAAUAUUCUCUCUAAUUUGAAAUUUCACGUAAAUUUUAUAGUGAUGGGUAGUUUAAUUAUGGUAGUAAUCAUACAAAUUGCUGUUAAUUUUUCUCGAAACAGUAAUAUAUGGAAAGUGAUUCUUGUAGCAUUAACAUUUAAUUUGCCACAGACGAUAGAAUUUACAGCGCUGGCAUUUUUUUAUUCGCUUGUAAAAAUGCUAGUCACCAUCCUGGCUAACAUAAACAAUAACUGUUUAAUACUGACGAAAAAUACCAAAGUAUCAGUGAGCGAAAUUACUGAGGUACAAACGAAAUCAACGGUUACUCUGCGUCAAAUGGAACUGGCCUACGUAAAAGCAUUUGAAAUUAAAACAUAUAUAAAUAAAGCUUUUGAAGGGCCUAUUCUAGCUUGCACGAUACAAUGUUUUCACUCAAUAAUAAGUGAGUCUCAUAUAAUCUAUCAUGGGGUUGUAGUAGGUAACACUCUGACGACUCACGACGUCGUAAAUUGUUCUAUCUGGAUUGCAUAUCAGCUUCUCAAAAUCUUCUCGUUGUCUUACGCUGGAAAUUUGCUAAAACUGGAGGGAUUAAAAAUUGGCCAAACUUUGCACAAUAUUCCAACCGAAAAACAGGAUUUACGUCGGUUAAUGGAGAUUCAACAUUUCUCUUCUCUUAUGUCUUACCAAAAAAUUGAAAUGACGGUGUAUGAAUACUUUCCUCUGGAUGCGACUCUUUUGUAUAAUAUGCUGGCAUCGGCUAUGAUGUAUUUGAUAAUUUUAGUGCAAUUUGAUAGGCGAGAAUAA